CGCAUGGUUUGCGUCCCUUCGUCCCUGUCCUCACCCCGCGAGCCGGCGCGAGGUGGCGCUUUCCCAACCGUCAAUAACGGCCCCUUUUCGGGCAGGGCGGGGCGAGGCGAGGGUUUUCCGGAAAGAGCCGAAUAGACCCGAACGGCCACCCCAGAAGAAAGUUCCCGGAGGUGCGGGACGAAAAUCGGCCAGGGAAGACUUCUCCAGUGAGAGAACCGAAUUGAUGAAGCACUGGUUGCUGUGUAGGCUGUUUCUUGUGCCUUCUUCCGAAUGGCUGCACCGGAGAUCAAUGAUCCAAAUUGCUAUCCACUCACUGGAGUAGGAUGGGCCUCAAGCCAGAGCACAUGUCCAAAGGAAUAUCAACUGAUUGUGACAACUACAGAUGGCUCCUCCGCAAAUUUUGCAAAGGGCUUUGGCCAGAAAUCCAAUUGUUAUCUGUGUGUAAGCUCACUGCUGAAUAAAGAGAACCCUCAAGGGGACAUUGUCUCAGAUAUCCAGUUACUUCCAGAUAAGAACCCUCUACCAUCAGGAUAUGCCUUCAUUUCUGAAUUCCUGGAUCCCAAGGUCAUUGUGUCUAAAAAGAAACGACUGUGUGUUAAGACAGUCCCGUUCGGUGGAGCUGACUCUGCUGUUUUUGAUAUCAAACUGACUGGAAAAAGCAAGCAGAUUGUACCUUUGUACACAUGCAUAGGAGAACUGAGUGGGUUUGUCAUCUGGUGUAGAAAAGGGAGGUUGGACAAGCCAAAACCUUUGCCCAAGCCAAGAAGUAUUGCUCUUGAUAUCAGAGGGCUGUCACUGGAGAAUGAGAGCUCAAGGAAAAGGGAAGAACUUGAUGUAGCCCCAGUACGACUUAGCAAGAGGCGCACUACCCUGGAGCACAAAGAUUCUGUGUACAGUGCAGAAAAUAUUUAUGGAAUCUCCGCGAUGGAUGGUGUCCCAUUUGUGUUGCAUCCUAGAUUUGAAAGCACCUCUGUGAAUGUACCCAGUGCUAAUAUUGCAAAUUUCCAAAUUAAGAGCCAUGCUGAGAUAGAGAAUGAGUACAACUACAGCUUUAUGACAGAGAAGACAGCAGCUGCCAGACUCCCUCCAACAGCCUCUUAGAGCAAGGGCCACUGUGAAUUGCGACAGAACAUCAGGAUGAAGGUUCCUCAUGCAAUAAGCUAACAGCAGAUUCAUACCUCUAACUCCAUAAAGCCAAAAGCCAUGAGACUGGACAUAGGUCCCACCAAGAUGCAAUAAAACCCACUUCAUAGAAACAGUCUCUCUUUCCAAGACCAUCCCCACACAAUCACCUUUUUGACUUUGUCUGCAUCUCAGUUGCUGCUGAUUGUUAUUGCAAUUACUGUAAUCAAGUGGGACCCACUGCAGCACAGCACGAGCUGUUUACAAAAUAGGUAUCUAUCAGUAUAUAGUAGAAUAAUGUGGAAGUUAAACUUUAGAAUCAGUUCAGUUUGGUAAUGACAGGGUCCUCCAGGAGAUUGCAUAGUAGUGUGCAUUAUUGCUAUCUGAGCUGUCACUGUCAUGAGCAGUUGGGUGGAGUAACAAGGCAGGAUGUGAAAGAGUUUCAUACAGCUGUAUGAAUAUGGGAAAAGUAAUGUACAACCCAAAUGACUAACUGUCCAUUCAACCUAAUUAGCACAAAAACUGAAGUCCAUUAGAAUUAAUUCUACACAUAGCAGGCUUAGCUCACCUGCUGCUGCACACCCUCCAUUCAGUUGCUCUCAACUUAAUUACGAGCACCUGUCAACCCAGGGACUUUCCUUCAGCUGUGUUUGUUGGAAACUAUUUUAAAUAAUUUCUUAGUGGUUGUUGACUUCCUUGGCUCUGUCAUAGUCAGAAGAUAGGAUUGGGUAGUCUACAUUAUGUGCACAUGAUCAUCUCAAAAAGGUGAGCUGAUAUCACUAUGGAUCUUCUAAACAUCUCGAUAUUGGAAAGCUCUUAGGUCCAAAUUCAAGUCUCAUCUGCUCCAAAGGUAACACGUCUAAACUGGUACAUUAAAAAAUAUCUUUACUGAGAAUGAAAACUACCCAUUUUCUAUUUGUGAUUUUAAAAUAUCCUGUAGUUUCCAUAAACCAGUUGAACAAUUAUUAAACAGUUAUGGAGAAUAA